UAUUAUACGCCAUUACAGUCCAUGUAGACGGACGUCUUCGUGUACUUUUAGUUUGGAUGUAGAGAAACAUUAUGUCCCUUUCUUUGUGGAUGCAAGAUUAAUUUUUUUAUAAUCGGCACCAUCAUGCGGUGCCUGUUUCUACUAGUCCUGCUCCUUGGAGCAGCUACUGUAAAGGCGGAUUCCAGUUCGUGGUAUUGGGGUGAUUCUUCAUAUGGGUGGGAUUCGUCAUGGUGGGGAUCUUCAUGGGAUUCGUGGUGGGGAUCGUCGUAUGAUUCUUCUUGGUGGUGGGGAUCAUCAUAUGGUGGAUCUUCAUGGUGGUGGGAUUCAUCCUGGUAUGGAUCGUCAUGGUGGCGGUAUUCGUCCGAAGGAAGCUGGUUCGACUUCCCUGUGGAUAUUCAUGAAGUGAUACAGGCACUCGGCCAGGCCAUCAAUGCCGACACCAUAUCGGAAUCCAUCGGAAUAAUGUGCGACAAUUUCGAAUUUCUUGGAGAGUUCCUUCCAGAAGAGAUGACAACAUUCCUUUGUGAGACUCUCGUUGAUGAUCCGCAGGAUGCCGAUUUCAAUGGGGUAUGUGAAGGUAUCAUAGGACUAGCUGAGGGAGAUUUCGAUAUUGAAGAUGAAGGCCGCUAUAGAAGAGGUGGAUCUUCAUCUGCCGUGUCCUCUCAAGGGUCUUCGUCCUCGUCAUCAUGGUCUUCAUCGUCUUGGUCCUCGUCAUCAUGGUCAUCUUCGUCUUGGUCCUCGUCAUCAUGGUCUUCUUCGUCUUGGUCCUCGGAAUCAUGGUCUUCAUCGUCUUGGUCCUCGUCAUCAUGGUCAUCUUCCUCUUGGUCUUGGUCGGAUUCAUCCUGGAGUUCACCGUCCUGGUCAUCCUGGUCCUGGUGGAGUUCCUGGUCAUCUUGGUGGGAUUGGGAUUCAGAAUGGGAGUAUUCCGAAUGGUGGUCCGGAUCUGACGACUGGUGGUGGGAAUCAGACUGGGAUGAUGGAGGUGGAGAAUUGGACUUUAUCUUCGAUCAGUUCACGGAUGCCCUUGGCAUUGUUGAUCCGAAUAGCGACCAUUCUGUUUGUCGUGGAGUGACCGGUACCAUGCAGUAUGAUUCAAGCAGCGUUAGCGACAUAAUGGAUGAAUUCGCUUAUGAUUUCAUCAUACUCGUCCUCUCCGAUGAGAUUAACAAAUGUCGAAGGGGUUCUGGAUUCAGCAGCUCAUGGUCGGAAAGCUCUUACAUAGACUCUUUUAGCGGCAGUAGCUGGUAUUUCCCCGAUUUUUCCAUUCAUGAUUUUGUAUCCAAUGUGAUGAUGACUCUCGGUGACUAUUCAAACAAAGAUGAUUAUUGUGAUAAUAUCGUCCAAGCAGCUCUUGAUGAAAAGAAUGGGGAUCGCGAUGCACUUGAUGGCAUAUUAAAUACAAUGAAAUCGAAUCUAUUUGAACUUGUUUCUUCGGCAUCAUUCUGUGAAAGCAUGCUAGAAAAUCUUGUGGAAGAGGCCCCAGACUUGAUGAACAUGACAUUCAGCUUCAUCAACAUCACUCAAUCUGAGUUCUGUACGUCAAUUAUUGAUUCUUUCGACGAAGAUGCCGAUUUUGAUAUUGAAUUUCCUUCAUCGUUCCCAGAGGAAAGUUCAUAUUCAUGGUCUUCAUUCCCUUCAUCUUCCUAUAGCUGGUCUUCAUCAUGGUCUUCUUCAUCUUGGAGUUCGCUGUCCUCCUGGUCUUCUUCAUCUCUAUCGUAUUCCUCUUCAUGGUCAUCUUCAUCUCCGUCAUUCUCCUCUUCAUGGUCAUCUUCAUCUCCGUCAUCCUCCUCUUCAUGGUCAUCUUCAUCUCCGUCAUCCUCUUCAUGGUCAUCUUCAUCUCCGUCAUCCUCUUCAUGGUCAUCUUCAUCUCCGUCAUCCUCUUCAUGGUCAUCUUCAUCUCCGUCAUCCUCUUCAUGGUCAUCUUCAUCUCCGUCAUCCUCUUCAUGGUCAUCUUCAUCUCCGUCAUCCUCCUCUUCAUGGUCAUCUUCAUCUCCGUCAUCCUCCUUUUCAUGGUCAUCUUCAUCGCCGUCUUCAUCGUCCUUUUCAUGGUCAUCUUCAUCGCUGUCUUCAUCGUCCUUUCCAUGGUCAUCAUCGUCAUAUUCGUGGUCGUCAUCUUCUUGGUGGUGGUCAAGCUCUUCAUGGUGGUGGGGAUCCAGUUAUGAAGGUGAAUGGAAUCCAAUUGAUCCAUACGUCAUAGAAAGGGUUCCAAUCGAAAUUUGGAUCCAGCUUGCAGGUCGAAUAUACCAGGCCGAUAAUUUACGAGAAGGUGCUCUCAUAUUCUGCGAGACUGUUCCAGAUGCGUUAAUGGAUAGAGUUGCGACAGAAAUGUGCCAGGCUUUGGAUGAUGAAAAUUUUUAUGAAUUCCUCAAACUCUGCUACCAAGUCUCUCACGAAGAUGAUUACGAUGACUGGGAGGAUUGGGAGGAUUGGGACGACUACCUUGAAGAUAUAUUCCUAGAAGGUUUAUUUGAUACGAUUCCUUACGCAUUGAAUAUCAGCGACAAUGGCCCAUAUGAAUUGUGCAAUUCCUACACCAACCUAUAUUCAUUGGAUAAUGAUGGAAUAAAAGAAAAGGCCAAUGGUCUGAUUUCAGCUAUUGCCCACUACAGUAGCGCCUGGCUUUACAGCACUACUUGUUGGAGAUACUAUGAUUGGAGACAUUUUUGGCCAUCAUCUUGGUCUUCUAGCUGGUCUUCAGAGGUCUCAUACUCUUUCGACGAAUCCAGCACGCUCUGGUGGUACAAAAUCCCUGAAAUUGACUCCCUUGAUAACGUCCUCUCGGUCAUCUUCCGACAUCUUGGUGACUGGAACAGUGAGGAACAAAUGUGUCAACAGAUGGCCUCUUUAUCGGGAGACCCAGACAUCAGCCAAGAAGAUCUAUAUGAUUUUCUAGACAACAUGGUGGACAGCGUCCUAGACAUGACGACGAACCUCCGUUCUUGCAGAAACUUUGUCAACGAAAUCAUAAAUGCUGAAAUCCUCACGAGUGAAGCUCUUGAAAAAAUGACAGGAUACUCAAGUGCUUCUGAUGUAUGCUCUUUCGUUGUGGAGACCUUUUCAGCAAAUAAGAUCAGAGUCGGUGCUGUAAAUCUCCCAGAUGUAAGCGAGUACAGUUACGUGGAGGAUUAUUUGGGUUAUCUUGGUGAACAGGCCUUUGAGUCGGGAAUGAUCCUACCCCUCAUUCCAUUCGAAACGGCUGUCAAGAUGAUAGCUAAAAUGUACAACGCAGACAACUUUCCGGAGAUGAGUGAAACAUUUUGUGAUGUCAUGGAACAAUACAUGACCCGUGUCCACGGUAUGUCCCCAGUCGAGUCUCUUUGUAGGAUUUUCAGCAGGCGCGGUUCUGAACAACAAGAUUUGAUAUCAGAAUGUGAAGAAAUCAUUGUUCCAGUCUAUUAUGGACCAGACUAUCCUCUGUCCCUUCGUCCGUUCGACUUAGAUAAAUUUUUUGAAUUUAUCACUGAUACCUUUGAAUUUGAUACCAGUGUUAUUGAAGAAGGAGAUCCACAAGGUGUCUGUGUUGAAGUGGGUGGUGUAAUUAAAGAAGUACUGAUAUCAGACCAAAGCAUUCUAGACGUUGUUAGGAGUGUCAUGGUUGAUGUUGGCCUCUGGGUAAUUGAUGAAUAUGGGUUGGCGUUUUGCGAUCAGAUUGAGGAGGUUCGGGACUAUGUUGAAGAAUUGCAAUGGUGGGACAAUUACGGUCAGUGGUGGUACUGGGAUUCAUCAGCGGAGGAUUUUCAUUACUUCAGGGAUAGUCCACGAGUCAUCACACAAGAGACUCUUGAUGUAAUGGACGAUGUUUUGGGCGUCAUCACCGGUAUGGGUAGUUUGGAUAGGGUCUGUGACAGCAUGGUCGACGGUAGAGAUGAUCUUGAAGAGUUCAUGGAACGUAUGGCUGGUGAGGUGAUCGGGCUUUUGGAGAAUGUAGACCGCUGCGAGCGUUUCGUUGACACCAUGGAGGAGCUCAUCACAUCCGAGGACCUCUUUGAAGGAGAAGAAAGCAGUUGGUAUUCAUAUUGGGACUCAUGGGGAUGGUGGUCAUCAUCUGCUCCUUUCAGGAUGGACAUCGAUGACAUUUUGAACAUAAUUGGAUUUGAAGACAGGAGCGAUAUGUGCCUAUCUGUUGUACAAGCCUUUACCCAAGAAGUUGUUGAGGAAUGCAAGGGAAUCGUCGAUUGUGCCGGUGAAUGCAAUGGACCCGCUCGUGAAGACUGUGCCGGUGUCUGCAACGGUGAUGCCAAGCCCGAUUGCGCUGGUGAAUGCGACGGGGACGCUUACAUCAACUACUGCUUCGAAUGCGUUGGCGGAAGGACGAACAGAGACGAUGACUUCGGCGCUGACCGUUGUGGUCUAUGUAAACAGGCAAAGGACUACAAAGAAACAUGGGAUUGCUCUGGUUCCUGUAAUGCUACUGCUUUCUAUGAUAAAUGCGGUGAAUGUGUUGGUGGUGACUCUGGCCUGGAUGAGGACGCCAAUGAUGACCGGCUCGAUUGCCGUGGUGUAUGCGAUGGAGACUGGGUGGAGGAUACCUGUGAUUUCUGCGAGCCGUAUUCUCGAGUCAACUACACCGGUGGCAGCAAAUACAUGGACUGCUCCUCUACUUGUGUAACACCAGGAUUCCCUCGAGCUCAGGAAAAUGACUGCGGUGAAUGCUAUGGUGGUAACACAGGACUCGAAAUCGACGAAGGGAUUAAUGCGUGCGGUCAAUGUGAUAGCGAUCCAAGUGCUGACGAACAAUCUUGUGCUGGUUGCGACGGGGUUCCCGCCAGUGGUGAGGAAUAUGAUGCGUGUGGGACUUGUGGCGGAGACGGCUCAGAUUGUGUUGGUGUGUUAGAAAUUACUCCUAAUGUGCUACCAAACAAAGCGACUAAGAUCCACGUGGUAGGAGCAGGGUUCAGCAGCGAUGCAUCUCUAUCAUGUGUCUUCAUUGACAACAGCGGUGAACAAUACGAAGCAGAGAUUGGCGAUCUCAUCAGCUACUUUGAACUUGAAUGUACCACCCCGGCCUUGGAUGCAGGUGAAUAUGAUCUGGCAAUCAAGCGCAACAGCGACUCACUCUCUGAAUUCAGACAGAGUAUCUAUGUAUAUGAAGAUAUCAGCUUCAACAGCAUCAGUCCUACCGAAGCUUUAGUUACCAAGGUGCCAAGACUACAAACCUUUGAGAUCACUGCUCCAUCUGGUUCAUUCUCAGACUUCAUGUCAUUGUCUGAUUACAAUGUCAUUCCUUCGGUCUUUGUUUCACCUGAAGAUGACCCUGAAACAGUGUGGAUGAGUGCAGGAACAUUCACAAACGACAGAAAGUUCACCGUAGACUUUAUCUUACCAACGACGUCGGGUCGAUUCUUCGCCUUCCCAAGCAUAAACGGACAGGACAGUCUUAUUGGUGACGAAGUGACGUUGACUGCUUAUUGGAGCGCUCCGACCAUUGAUUUAGCUCAGUUUUCUUCAACAGGUGCUUUCCUAUGGGUGGAGUUUGGCGAACCUGUUCACUAUUACGAUCUCGGGUCUUGUGAUGAUAUAUUUGAGGAUGUUGAUGGCCUUGGAAAGGGUGCCUGGUGUAUCUGGGCUGGUCCUAUGAAACUGGUUGUCAUCUUUGGCACCGGGAACAACCUCUUCAGCAUCGGGGACAGUUUGACACUUAAGAACGAUUCUGUGUACGCGUUCUUGCAGGAUUAUUCUUACGCUGCUAACGGUAGCGUAGCCAUCCAGGCCCCAGAUACACCGCUCAUUCCAACAGCUUUCCUCUCUGGACCAUCUAAGAUACCAAGCUGCGGGAAUCUCGUACUGAAUGGACGUAAAUCUACUGGUUCUGGAGCCAGACCUCUCAUUUACGAGUGGUCCGUCAGCGCUUCUACUGUCGAUGCAAACCUCACCGACGCUCUUGAUACUACCAAUGCGGCCCAAGGUGGUUACGGGUUUGCAGAUCUUGUCCUAGAUGGAUCCCUUCUAACCGAAGCUGAUGAGGAAUAUGACUUCACGUUGAACGUAACUAAUUUCCUUGGUCAAUCUGACUCUGCUUCCCUGACCGUUGUACGUUCAGCUACUCUAGCACCAGAGGUAAACAUUCAACCACGUGGUGUCGAUGUUGACUACGUCAAAGUGGCUGAUAUGUUCUAUCUGGUCGCCGACAUCAAGUACUACUCUGAGUGUGUGCCAGCUGGCGAAACUGUGAUCGAAUGGUCGGUGAACAACACCGAUGUCGCUCUCAAUCUCUUCACUAUGUACACACGUGCAUUAAGGGUUGAUGAGGGAUCACUUCCAGGUGGAGAGAACAUAUUAUUCACUGUGACGGUGUACAAAUCAAGUACACCUAACCAAGCCACCCAGACAUCUAUCCUCGUCACCACACAUCAAUCGGACCUUAUCGCCAAGAUCGACGGCGCUAAAGAGUUCAUCGUAGGUCGCGACAGCGGGACCGUCUCCUUGGACGGUACCAACUCCAUUGAUCCCGAUGAACAGGCCCGUGAUUGGGAGUACACUUGGUUGUGUGAACAGACGACUGACAACUCUGCCUGUUGGUCAUUCGAUCCUGACUCUCUCGGUUCGCUGAUUGUCAACACCAGCAAUAACGACGUCGGCGUGCUCGAAUUCGAUGCUCAGGCACUCGAAGCAGAAAAGACAUAUGUAUUUACCCUGGUGGUACGCAAGGAAACGAGAACGGCACAAACAUUUGUCACCAUAUCAGCUGUAAAUGGAAAUCCACCAAAGAUUAUCCUGUUUACAAGCGACGAGGAUAAUAUAAUCAAUGAUGACGUUAGUCUUGAGCUUACAGCAUACAUCUUCCACUCGUCCGACCUUUCUACUUAUUCAUUCCAAACUGUGGAUACCACUUCAGGGUAUUCGUACAUCGACCUGACUGAUUCUUCCAACCUACUUGGAGAUGUGCAGCUUCUUGAAGCGGGUGAUGGUUUCAGCAUUGCAACCAUCACUAUUGAUAAAGGGAUUGUCCAGCGUGGCGCGAGCUAUGCAUUCUUACUGAAUGUAACUGACAUCGGUGAUCAGUACAGCACGGUAAAGAGCUACGUCGAAGUCCGUUCAGGCCCGACAUCAUGCGAAUUUUCCGUGCCAAGUUAUGAAGAACUCGAUGAGGUUAUAUUUACCACCGAGAACUGUGUCACCUCGGUCGACGCUUACCCGCUCAACUACCAGCUCUCCGUCGUCAAAGCCGACGGCGAACUCGAGAUCAUCACUGAGAAGAACUCUGAACCAAGCUUCACCGGUGUGGGCAAACCAAAGCUAGAGGGGAGUGAUAACAGAACAUACGUCAUCACCGUUUGUGACAAGAAUGAGAUGUGUGCUACUUGGAUAGCAGGAACUAAUGUUUCACUCAAGUUAAGCUUUUCUGCUGCUGACAUCAAUUCCUUCAAGGCUGACUUCGUAAAUGCAAAGACAUUCGCAGGUGACCACAUCGGAGCUCUGGCUAAUCGUAAUAUGCUUGCAUCCAAGGUGGACGAAAGUGCUUCAAGACGACGUCGUGUAGCAUCCGACGAGACAUCGGCAACAGCAGCCGAACAAAUGGUCCUGAUCGCCAAUGUAUUAAGUAAUACAGUUCUUGAUACGACCACCGCUCAGAUUCUCAUCGACCAGAUCGCAGCUGUCAGUCCAGCUCAGUUGACUCUAGCAGAUCAAGAUACAUUCCUCGGCUACAUCCUCCAGAUCGUGAAUGUAUACGUGAGUGAAGACGUUACCAUACCUGAUUCCAGUGCAGAGAGUAUCCUCUAUCAGCUAGCUACCAUUGGAGAUGGACUGACUGCCACAGACAACGGACCCAUGCUUAAUAAGAUCAAUAAAAUCACAAGCAAGAUCACGACAUCAAUGACAGGAGCGUUGGCGCUUGGUGCACCUCGUCAAGAGAUUAUCUCGGCUGACGUCACAGUAGGCGUCAUGCGAGCUCUUCUUACAGGGAGUUUUGAAUCUGCCAGUUCCGGGUCUGGAGCAGCGACUAUCGAUUUCGGCAGUGAACUCAACAGUUUGUAUGGAAGUGCGUGGGAUUGUGCCGAUGGAGAGACAUGUUCUGGAGUAACAAUCACAUUCUCUCAUUAUUCGACCAGUAAUGAUCCGUUCUCAAUGGAUCAGGAUGAUGUUGAUAAUAGAGCAGCUGAUAUCAUUGGAAUUGAAUUGUCUAAUCCGUCUACUGGUUCCACACUGAACGUGAGUGGCCUGACGACACCGGUCACCAUUUCGUUUCCUCUAACGAUCUCCUUGACCGGGGUCUCUUACGGCUGCGUCUAUUGGGACAGCGAUCUCGAUGACUGGAGCACGGAUGGUAUGACAUCGACAACGGUAGAUGAUAGUACGGUUUCCUGUGAGAGCACGCAUCUUACUGAGUUUACAAUUAUGGGAACGCCCGUCCAAUCCACGGCACCGCCUUCUACCACCGCUCAAACUGAUGAACUUGAAGGACUAACAAGUUUGGUCCUCUAUAUCGCCAUCGGAUGUGCUGCUGGGUUUAUUAUCCUAAUCUUCAUUGUGAUUCUCUUGAUCUGUAUGGUAAUGAAGAUUAAUAAAAGGUCUGCUGUACCUUCUACCAGUAUUGAAAACGGCCAGUCAGUACCACCUCCACCACCACCGCAAAACUCAAUGGCCGACCCCAUGCCCCCUGCCUACGGUGCCCAGCCGCUUCCAUCGUACGGCAUGCCUCCACCAACUUACGCCCAACGGAACCCCUACAACGACAUCAUGCCCCCAACAGGCGUGAUGGGACCCUUAGACCCACCUCCUGUCGCACUGGUGGGCAAUGAUGGUAGGGUUGUCAAUGGUAAAAUUGACACCACCAACAAUCCUCUUCCAAAGGGCAAGAUGGCACAGGGUAGUGAUAACUCCUACUUGGAUUACAUGAAUAACGUGGUUGGACGACCAGGUGGUGGUGGUAUGCCCGGUGUCGAUGAAGUGACACCAAGGGCCACUACUUCACCUAGAGCGCCAUCUGCGUCUGGUAGCCAUACAUCCUUCCAUCACUGAAGCAAUGAUGAAGCUCCCUAAGAGCCCCCCCCAAAAUAAUAAAAAGAAAGAAGAAAAUUAAAUUAAAUAUAUUUGAUAUGAAAAUAAUCAUUAUAGCUUAUAACUCUCCAGUACCACCAAUGUCAAUUUGGAUAUCAAUUAUUAGCAUUUUAAAGUGGAAAUCCUGAUAUCGAGUUGGUUUUAAUGUAAUUCUAAUAACGAGAGAAAACGUAUCAAGUACGUUAAGGCGAAAAUAGACAAAAUAAGUAUAUGAAUUAUGAACGUUUCUAAAAUGGCAUAUUUAAAGGAAAUUCAUAGCACAUGGCCUGUGAUAGGAGUUCACAAGUGACGAUACCAAAGUAAAACUUAUCUUGAAAUUAGGAGGGAUCUUCUCCCUUUAAUGGUAAUCUGCCUUAAACAAUGUUUAUCACCAGUUGUAAAUUUUCAAAUAUUUUAAAUCCUUUUCCAGACAUUAAUAGAUACGAUUUAUCAUAAAAAGUAUUAUACUCCCAUUCUGAUAAAGCUCUAUAAAUAUUAUAAUACACUACCCUGUAUGAUUUAUGCACUUUAUACACUUUGAUGUAUUAUAAGUAUUAUCAAAAACAGCUUAGUAUAUAGGCAGCUUUGAUCUCGUAUGUAUAUAGUUUUAAAGUGAUUUGACUUUCAAAGUAUUAUACCAUUAAUGUGUAAAAUUUAUAAUAUAUUACUAAGAAAAAAAAUCAUCCUUCACAUUUGAGUAUCAUACAUGUACCAUCUUAUCUACAUCAUAAUGUAAAAUUGUUUUAUGUCCCAACUAUAGAAACAUAUUUUGACGAAUUUUUCAAAUCUUUAGAUUCGUGGGAAAUUUACUUUUUGUUUGACAGAUUAGAGAUAUAUUUUAAUGAAUUGCGAAAAUGUAAUUUGUAAUAAAAUAUUUUGAAAAACUUGCUGUGAAUAAAAUUAUUAAUUCUAAACAA